AUGAAGUACACCAUCGCUACGUUCUUGCUUGCUACUGUUCUUAUAACCACUACAUUUGCUCAGAAUCUGGUCAUCAACGUAGGUGAGGGCGGUCUCAAGUACAAUCCUGCCUCUAUUACGGCCGCCCCUGGUUCUACCAUAACCUUUGUAUGGAUUAAUACAAUUCCGCACAGUGUAGUUCAAAGUGAUAGUGCCGAUUCCUGCACUCCAACUGUUGGUGGAUUCAACAGGCAAAUGAAGGCUGGUGAGUCCUGGGUAUUAAAAGUCCCGACCGACAGGCCUAAGGUAUGGUUUUACUGCAAUGUCAGUACUCACUGUCAGCAAGGAAUGAAAGGUGUUCUCACAGUUUCAGGUGUUAACCCUCCUAGUGGUGGCAAUUCUACAAAUCCUGGCGAUUCUCCUAAUACUUCUAACGGAUCUCCUACCGCGAUGAUUGCUGGAAUUGCAGCUGCAAGCAUAGUACUAGUCGUAAUUCUGGGACUGUUAUUUUAUAGGAGGAACAGGGAUCUGGCAGAUGGCAGGGAGAAUGGAAAUGAUGGGGGAAAUAUUGGAGCUACUCGAGAUGUCGAAUCCAGUGACAUUGCUUUAUCAAAUUUAUCUUCGUCAUCAAUUACAGUACCCUCACUUCAGUAUCCUACUCCAGCUCUACAUGCUGUAUCAUCAGCACCUUUCCUCGAAAUAAUAUCUCCAUUACAUACGACGGGUGAAUCCAUCACCUCAUCUUUGGCAACUUCUACAGACGAUUCUAAGAUGACGGUCACACCCUCAUCUAUAUAUUCCCCAGUCUCAACGGGCACCGCUAUAUUUAAUAGAAACAGGCAUAACGGGUUAACAGAGUACCGUGACGGCAACACUAUUUGUCAUGCUGAGGAUAAGGCCAUGAGUGAAGAUGCAAAAGUGAAGGAUAUAUCUAAUCACAAAUUAUUUGAGCAUGAAAAUAUAUUUUUGAAGCGUCGUCGUGCAUCGCCAAAUAUCGGUGUAUUUUGUGAUCAGUAUGAGGUUUCGGAUCCAUCCGAGUGGAAGUAUACUAGAAUGAGUCUGGACAGAUACAUUACAUCCACCGGCAAAUCAGGAUCCACCGAGAGAAUUAUUACUCGUCUUCCGGAUUGUCGCCCCUUACUGAAUAUUUUAAACACGUAUUUAAUAAUAGAACGAUUGAAAGCAUCCAAGGUUGCUGAAAAAUAUAGAAACAGUUCGGAGAGUAUGAUAAAGUGCAUACAGGGCCCCCCCGCAUUGCUUGCAUGA